CAAGGGUGAAGAAUGAACUGUCUGUAUUGAACUCUGAUUUCAUUUCUUCCCGAAGUUACCCUCAUGCGAGUUCCCGUUGGAUUCUUCCCAAAGCUCUGGAGCUUCAUCUCCUUCCUUCCUUUCUUCUUCUUGCUCCUCGUUCUUGGCCUCCUCAAAGCUGUGAUUGUUGGUCCGAUUGCGGCAGCCAUUGUUGUGGUUGGUAACUCAUCUGUAAUCGUUGGUCUUUUUCCUGCGCAUUUUUUCUGGACUUUCGUCUGCCUGGCUAGAACCAAGAGGUUAGGCCUUGUUCUUAAAUCUGUGGUGCUUGUUUUCUUGCCCUUGCCACUCAUCCUUUGGCCGAUUGUUGGCGUUAUUGGAAGCUUACUUGGUGGGAUUGGAUAUGGGUUUUUCGUUCCCCUUAUUGCAACUUUUGAGGCAGUUGGAGGCGGCAUUACUGACAAACUUUUUCACUGUGUUGCUGAUGGUUGUUUGUCCACAAUUAAAGCAAGCUGCGUAAUUGUGAUGGAUUUUACAGAUUUCUGUUUCCAUUCUUAUUUUUCAUUCAUGGAUGAACUGGGUGAGUUGAUGUACAGUGAUGAGAAGCCCAUAGAAGUGAAGCUAUCAAGACUUCCAAGUUGUUUAUUGGCCAGUUUGAUUGGUGUUCUAGUUGAUUCUCUUUUAAUUACUUUAGUUGCCCUGUGGAGAAGUCCAUUCAUGUUAUUCAAAGGAUGGAAGAGGAUGUUGGAAGAUUUGGUUGGUAGAGAAGGACCAUUCCUGGAGGCAGUGUGUGUUCCAUUUGCUGGUCUUGCCAUCAUCUUGUGGCCCAUUGCUGUUGUUGGAGCGGUCAUAAGUGCAGUCGUCUCUAGCUUUUUUUUGGGGCUCUAUGCCGGAGUUAUCGUUCAUCAGGAAGACUCGUUUCGGUUGGGGCUGGCUUAUGUAUUAGCGGUAGUUUCGAUGUUCGAUGAGUAUGUGAAUGAUCUACUCUAUUUGGGGGAGGGGUCUUGUAUUCCCAGGCCGAAAUAUCGUAGAAACAUGAGCUCCGACCUCAAGGAGCACCGUAGCGAUGACAAUAACGAUCAGAGAAGUAUAAGACAUGGUUCAAGCAAUCAUAAACUUGUCUCAGAACAAUCUAGGACAUUGAAACGGACGAUCCAACAAUACAAACCUGUUCAGUUUUGGGAUUGGCUGUUUAAAUCCUGUGAAGUGAAUGGUCGAAUACUUCUCCAAGACGGUCUGAUAUCGAUGGAAGACGUUGAGGAAUGCAUUCUAAAGGGCAACUGUAAGAAGUUAACCGUCAAGUUACCAGCAUGGUGUAUAUUACAGUGCUUGCUUUCGUCUGCAAAGUCGAACUCUCCCGGGUUAAUCAUCUCUGAUGAUGUGGAGUUGACAAGAACAAACUUGCCAAGGGACACAAUGUUUGAAUGGUUUCUUGGGCCAUUGUUAAUUAUGAAGGAGCAAAUAAAGAGACUAAAUUUAGAAGAAAAUGAAGAAACAUGCUUGAGAAUAUUGAUAAUGAGAUGCCGAAACGAAAAACCUGAGGAUUGGGAUGAGUUUGCCUACCCUUCUAGCGACACGGUCCGGAGAGCGCAGUUGCAAGCCAUAUUUAGAAGAUUACAGGGUAUUGUGAGUUUCAUGUCGCGAAUCCCAAGUUUUCGACGUCGAUUUAUGAACUUGAUCAAGGUAUUGUACGUCGAAGGCAUCCAGAUGGGCAGUUCAGCAACGGCUGCAAGAGUUGGAAAUGGUAGCAAGCGUUUAGGAAGGAGUAGGGAUGGAAGAAAUAGGGAAGAGGAAACAAUAAACACAGCACAAAAAGCUCUCAACGUUCUUGAUGUGUAGUAUGAAACAGGUUCUUCUUCUUCCUCCUUUUUCAUGCUACCUACCUGUUUACUGAAUCAAAUGAUGAUGCAAAUAUUUGGACAAAUGGUGUAUGGUUGUAGCUCUAGACGUUCAUUUUACUGGCGGGGACCUGCCCUUUUUGGGGCGUAAAUUCUCCGUUUAGACGAGAAGUAAGAGAGGAAGUGAGGAAUGUCUUUGUCCGUUAGAUAAAUGGGGUUGAGAUGUUUUUGUCUUCGAUUUUAACCCUUAAUAGAAAUAUUAUAU